AUGCCCCACGGGCAGAGCAAUCAAGGGGAUCGGCCCUUGGGAGUUGAGGAGGAAGUUAACCAGCGGCGCUCGAGGCACCAAAGACGUCGACCUGAGCCACCAGCCCUGCGGGCAGAAGAUGUCGAGAAGCUAGUAAAUGACCGACUCCAUGGUCUCCAACUUAAAGGAAGCAUGGAGGAGGCCCUGCGCAGGGACGUGGAUCGAGUCGACUGCUCGCCCUUUACCGACGCGGUGGAACGAGCUCCGCCGCCGAAGCGGUUCAGAAUGCCAUCCAUCACUCCGUUCAAGGGAGACUCUGACCCUGAGAGCCAUUUGAUCCUGUACAAGGCAGACGACGCCCUGAUGUGCAAAGUGUUCGCAAUGACUCUGCGAGGAGCAGCUCAAGACUGGUUCCACACUCUAUCGCCCGCGUCGAUAGGCAACUUCAAAGAGUUCGCCCUCAUCUUCACAAAGGAGUACACCUCCUACAAGAUGGUCAGAAAGCAUGCAGACCACUUGUUCAACCUGCGCAAGAAACCAGACGAGUCUCUUCGAGACUACCUCAGACGGUUUAAGGCUGAGAGGGUGAACAUCAUAGGGUGCAAUGACCAAGUUGCUUCCUCAGCUUUCAAGAAGGGCUUGCCAACUGAACACGAGCUAUACCGUGAGCUGGCCAUAACUCCGAGCCAAACCUUGGCAGAAGUCUUCAUGACGGCAGAGCGCUACGCACUCUGGGACGAUGACCGUAUCGCCACGAAGAAAGCUAGCAAGCAAGCUGAUCACCCAACAAGGCAGGCGAGCCAAACGAGCAACAAGUUCGAGUACAAAGCCCGAGACAAGCGCAAAUCGCGACCCCAAGAGGGAGGCUCGGAAACAGGAACCUUCACUGAGUUCACUAUCCCAAUCCUCCAGAUCCUGGCACAAGUGAAGGACAAGCCGUGGGUGAGAAGACCACCACCCAUGAGGGGAGACCCCUCUAGGAGGGACACCAGUAAAUACUGCGCAUUCCAUGGGGAGCACGGUCAUUACACAAACAACUGCAAUGCUUGUAAAAGGCACCUUGAGGAGCUGGUCAGAGACGGCCAUUACACGGAAUUCGUUGCAAAGAAGGCCAUCCAGUAG